GCCGAGGGUGCCGCGCGGGCUCCGAGCGCGCCGUCUCACUGGGGCUGGUGAGGUUGGCGCCGCCGCCGCGGGGGUCCAGGGGGUGCCUGCUCGCUGCUCGGUCCGCUCCCAGCCAGCAGUGCAAGUGGCUGGACCCGCAGCAGCGGCAGCAGCAGCCGCGGGAGCAGCGACACCAUGGAUCUGUCCUUUAUGGCCGCGCAGCUGCCCAUGAUGGGGGGAGCCUUCAUGGACUCGCCCAACGAGGACUUCAGCACCGAGUACUCCCUCUUUAACUCCUCCACCAAUGUCCACGCGGCCUCCAACGGCCAGGGCCAGCCCGAGGAGCCCCCGCGGUCCUCCAACGACGCCGUCUUGCUCUGGAUUGCCAUCAUAGCGACGCUGGGCAACAUUGUGGUGGUGGGGGUGGUGUACGCCUUCACCUUCUGAGGGCCGGGGCGCCCGGGAGCUCCAGGCCGGCUCACCCUGCUCCGUCGCUGUUGGCCUUUGGCUGCACCCACGUUCUAGAACCAGGAGCAGCGACGAUGCGUCCGGAAUUUCCCCAAGCAGACUUGAGUUCAGAUAUUCCAUGCUGUGGUCAAGCUGAUCCAGAAAACAUGGGAGCAUGGGCUUCCAGCCCCCGGAGGCAAGACAGGGCAAAGUCUUCAAGGAACAGAUUGGAGAAUUCUUGAAACUCCAUUCCAAGAACAUGAGACCAGAGGGAACAGCCAGUUAGGUUUAAAAUAUGGUUGGACGAUGGCUCGCUGGCAGUAAAUAAUCACUUGUGUGUCUUGUUUUUAUGCAGACUUACCACAGCUGGUGUGUGGGGUGCCGGGCAAGAGCA